AUGUACUGGUCAUCGUUGUUUCUGUUGUUCCUGUGCUGCACGACAUGCCAGGCACAGACUCCAGCAUUUAAAUUAUUUUUUGGAACCUCCGUUUUGAAUGAGACUUGGAGAGAACCCUUAAUAUUUGACAAUCCUCUUCCCAAAUGGAUCAAAGGAACAUUGAUCCGCAAUGGACCAGGACGUAUAGAAGUGGGUAAACGAUCGUUUAAGAAUUUGUUUGAUGGAUUUGCAAAAUUGCAUUCGUGGCAAUUUCCUGGAAAUGGGUCCUCUUUCUUCACAUCUAAAUUUGUUCAAAGCGAAACAUACAAGGAAUCAUUGCGAAUAAAUGAUAUUGCAAUGUACGAAACACUGGACGCCCUCUCCCCGCCUCUGAAUCUAUCCGAACAGAAGGUGGCCUUCUCUCGUGGAAUGGACAACAUGAACGUCAAUAUCUAUAACUAUUCCGGAGACUGUGUUAUUCUCAAUGACUACUGGAAGUUGUACCAAAUCGACUGUAACACAUUGGAAACGAUACGAUCUGUAACGGCAAAAGUUCCGGGUGAAGACAUUAGUUUCCCUUAUGCAAGUAAAUUAUCCGUGGCACAUCCGCUCCGAGAAUAUGGUACAGACCAUCACUUAACUGUUUUGCAGAGUAUAAGCAUGCUACCAUUGCUGCCUCAUAAAUUAACUUUUGUCCGAAUAAAGUCUGCAGGCAUUCGGGAAAAAAUCGCGGAGUGGAAUGUAAAACAGAUGCCCUAUUUGCACUCUUUCUCGGUAACUGAACGGUAUGCCGUUAUCUUCGCAUGCCCUUUUUACGUGAAUGUAGAAAAUAUAUUAAAGGGAUCUACCCCAAUAGACAGCCUUAUAUUUCACAAAGACGAACCAACUAUUGCAUAUAUAGUAAACCUUAGUACAGGAAAGGUGACCACUAUUGAGACGGAAACUGUGUUUUCUAUGCAUCAUGUCAACGCGUACGAAGCAGACGAGGAUACCCUUCUGAUGGACGUGGCGGCUUACCCUGACGCCGCUAUAAUGCCUUUCUUUGAAUUUAAGAUUCUGAUGAACAAAACAAGACGCGACACAUUUCCGUAUAAACCCUCUUUAAGAAGAUACAAAAUUGAUCUGAAAGGAAAGAAGAUAACACCUGUUUCUGUUGCUGUCAAUCCCAGAGUUCCCCAAGCCAAUACGCUAGAUCUGCCCACCAUUAAUGAACAGUACCGGUCCAAACCCUACUGUUACGUGUAUGGUGUCGCUUUUAAAAGUGACUUUAAAACAUGGGGCAACUUUUCGUUUGUGAAGAAAGACAUGUGUAAUUCCACAGGGGACCUUUCGUGGUCUCUUCCCGGCCAUUAUCCGAUGGAGGGCUGGUUUGUUCCACAUCCAAACGGAUCGGCAGAGGACGACGGAGUCCUCAUGGUUCCGGUUUUCAACGGAAACAAUGAGAAAGCUUAUCUUAUGAUUCUUGACCCUAAAACAAUGAAGCCAGUGACCACAGCGUAUUUACCUGUCAGUCUCCUCUUUCAUUUUCAUGGACGUUUUUUUGAAAACUUGCAUUAA